AAAUAAAUUUGUUGUUAUAUUUUUCAAUGAUAUAAGAUAAUAUUGUUUGGGGUGUAACAAAUUAAGUAGUGUUAUUUUAAACCGAGUAAUCUAAUGGAUACCAUGAGAUUACGACAGUGAUGAAAAAUCUGUGCUCCCAUUAGUAUCAACCAACGAUAUCAAAAUAUUGUAUCAACACGAAACGUCGAUGAUGUUAUAAUAUUUUCAUAUUUUGAAUCGUAAACAAUAAACACUUGAGUAUCGUAAACACAAUGGGUGGCGUCACUUGGACGUUACUGCAUAAACAGUGUUGAGUCACAUGUGAAUUACGCUAUCGCCACUUUAUUUAGGACCAAGGUGAUGUGACUUCAUACUUAUCUCACGUCCGUUAGCCGCGGCCUGCGGGGACCAGCGACCGACCUAGUGUUAUUUAAAACUUCGUAAACAAUACUUUAUCAAUGAUGGCCACUCCCACAAAUCCGCCUCAGUCUAUGGGUUCUAGUAAUGUGGUGUUCAGAACAGAGACUCGGUUCGACCCCUCAUACAUCAGGACUGUGCCAGGGAUCAUCAAAGUGGCAGUUAUUGUUCUAGAUCUACUGGGAUUUAUCUGUAUACAGUCUUCAGCAUUCUGGUGGAAUCCCCGGGGGGUGUACUUCAACAUAGUGGCACACCUCGGCCUGUGGUUCAGCGGGAUCCUGCUUCUGCUGUACCUGUUCCAUGUGGUGGAGAAGUACCACAACAUCAUGUGGCUGAAGAUAGAGCUGAUAGUUUGUGGGAUAAUCUCAUUUCUGUACCUCAUAGCUUCAACUAUAGUUCUGGCUUAUGGCUCAGCGGGAUAUUCAGCAGCCGGGUUCUUUGGAUACUUGGCCAUGGUGUUGUACGGUUUUGAUGCAUUCCUGAAGGCGAGGGCGAUGCAGGCGGGUGAUCUGGCUCAGGGCACUCGGGUCACUACCAAACAGACUCCAGUCACUACACCACCUGCACUGCCAUAGCUAUGGAGCAUUAUGGAUUUAGCAUUUUGCUCAGCCAAACUGAUGGCAAAAUAUUCUAUAGACAAUGCUUUUGUGAGGAACACUUUCUAUUUUUUGUAACACCUAUGCUUAUUUUGAUUAGAUCAAAUUAUUUAAAAUUUUAUUAGAUAGGUAUUAGGUA